GACAUGAUUAACUAAUUUGUGAUUGAACAAUAUAAUGUUGACGCUUUCAUUAAUUGUAUUGAUCAUACCAGCUAUCCUUUCAUUACCACAAAAAGAGCAACCAUGUGCAAAAGCACUACACAGAAUCACAGAUAAUCCAGAUGUUAUUCUAAUUCCCGACAAGGAAGAUGAUGAAAUUGACUAUAAAUUUGCAAGAGUACGGAAAAUCGAUAAUAUUGAAAACAAACUUCCACCAAGAUACGCUGUCAUAACUGGUAAAAAUGGUAAUGUAGCGUUGGUGAACAUUGGCGCACAGUGGCCCCUUACGAAACAUGUUUUGGGCAAUUCAAACAAAUGGAAUGGAUUAAUAUUGAAAAAUACAAAUAUACCAUUGAAAACUCUGUUGGCGGUUGCAAGCGCAGAAAAUUAUCCCAAGAACUUAUUUUCCAACACAAAGGAACACCACCAUGGUGCUAAAGUGUCAGAUUUAGUUAACUAUGAUUGGUUAAAACAAUUCACGAUUGGUACAGAUGGUUGGGGAUCUCAUGGCACGUCGAUGGAAUAACGAGGAAUUGAGAAACGAUGGCAUUAAUUGAUCUUAAUAAAUAGUACUAUUA